GCCAGAAAGCCUUGACGCUCUAGCCCGCCACGCUCUCGCUGCCUAGCCGCCAGGGCGGAGACAGCGCUGUAAUCCGCGGCUUUUCCUUGCGUCUCUCCUCUUCCCCAGGAAUAUCUACCAUCAGUCACGUCAUGGACCUCGCCGGCACCUGCUCCACCUUCCAGUCGGACCUUGAUUUCUGCCCGGACUGCGGCUCGGUACUGCCUCUGCCCGGGGUUCAGGAUACGGUCACCUGUACUCGCUGUGGCUUCUCCAUCAACGUGCGGGAUUUCGAAGGAAAGGUUGUGAAAACUUCGUUUGUGUUCCACAAACUGGGGACAACCGUGCCUUCGUUGGUGGAGGAAGGACCAGAGUUCCAGGGACCUGUGAUUGACAGACGCUGCUCCCGAUGUGGUCAUGAGGGAAUGGCAUACCAUACCAGACAGAUGCGUUCAGCUGACGAAGGGCAGACUGUCUUCUACACCUGUACCAACUGCAAGUUCCAGGAGAAGGAGGACUCUUGAUCUUUUUUUUUUUCUGGGCUACUCAACAAUUUCUCCCUCCCUCUCCUCUUCCUUGGAAGAUGAAGAAUAUUGGGUCCUUAGAUAUGCUGUCCAUGACCUUUGGUUGCAGUAUCUUGUUCUCAGAAGGAGAAUCAGAUCAUGUGGGAAUUACCGUUGCCCUCAGAGCACUCCUAUCCCUAGUUUAUUUAUUAAAGUUAUAUGUCGGAGUCUUCUAGAGAAAUAUGUAUGCUAUUUAUAAUCCGCCUUAUUUCAAAAGGAAUUUAAAUGAGUUUACAGAGAUAAAUCUGUUCUUUCAGCAAAUAUAUCAACUACAGAAAAAUAAUAUAAAUUAAUAAUACAUGACAACAAAAACAAACAAAAAACACAAGGACAAAAAAUGGAGCCAGAAAUGAUGGUAAUAUAAAAAAGCAAUUAUAAGUAUUCCCUCACUAUAGAAAUCUAUUUGGUUACUGAGUUUAGGAAAACAAUAGUGAAGUUUGGACAGUGAGCAGUUCAACCAAAAAUUUAAAUCUAUUUGGUGUAUAAGUUUGGGCAACAAAUUCGAUACCAAGGAAUACCAGUGUAUACUUCUGAGAGUGAACAAGAAAUUACUUAAAUGGAAUUUUUUUUUAUUUUACUGCUGCGGUGCAGUAAAUUACUUAAUGUGGCCCUUCUAGCCAUAGUCUUUAUGACUCUUAUACAGUGAUUGGGUGGGACUAUGCAAAUAAGGUG